AUUCAUUUGCCAUCUGAGCCUUGAUAAUAUCACCUGUUCCAAAAGAUAAAGGGUGAAGGCACGCACAGCUUUCUAACCCCAGCAACAACCACUCUUUGCAAUUAUUGCAGUGGUAGGAGAGCAAUCACAAAUCACAUCUAUUCCUUGUCUGCUGCAACUGGAAAGUCUUGUCCCAUCCCCAAAUUGGGAAUACCAGGCCAGCACAACAGCAAACACCCACCUUCCACUAUUCAGUCCACUCUGCCUGACAUGUGGCACACAAUUCAUUAGGACCCAGCACCACAGCCUCUGAUGGCCCCUCAAGGGAAUUGUAUGCACCUCCAAGGACAAUCCCUUGCAAGUGGACCAAUGUGGGAUGUGAUGCAGCACUUGCAAACACAGACACCCUUCUCAAGGUGAGCAAGCAUACAGUGUGUACCUAUUCAACUUCCCUGAUUUGAUGAUUGCAUAUUUCCAAGCACCUCACAUAUGCUAUAGGUGAUUGUGAUGGGUUUGGAAAUCAUAAGGAAUCUUAUUCCCAUGUGUCACUCAGAAAAUUGCCAGGCACUGUCCUUUGACUCAGCUAAAGGACUUGUAAGCCAUGUCAGAUGUGUGCAUCUAGUGGAAUUUGCACAACUGUCAGACUCAAUGCCAGUUUGGAGAAAGUUGUGCCUAUGGUAUGCAGGCCUCAACUUUCUGGUUCUACUUGUUACAGGUCUUACUCUUGGUACAGCUUUUAUCAUACAACAAUCAACAACUAUGCCCUGCUUUCUCAAAGAUCCCCUAAUGGCCAGCCAUCUCCUGGUUUCACCAAUGCCUUUGGGUGUCUCAAUGCUAGGGAGGAAACACCACCUACAGCAAGUUGGGCUAGAAGAGUCUGAAGCACCAUUUUGGCCAGUGCAUGGUGAAUGCCAAUCAGGCUUUUUUGCUGGAUUCUCAGGAAGCAUAUUCAGGCCCAACACAUCCAAUGAUGGAGGUUGGGAUUCCCAGGAGAGGUUGCCUGAUGGCCAGCCUGUGGUACCCUCAUUGGAAAGGGAGGGAGCUUUUCAAUUUUGUGUCAAAAAAAGGCUAAGGGCAAAAUGUGCUAUCCUAAAUUUGGAGUUCCACCCAAUGUGCUGGUGACACCUGUGUCUCUAGCAAAAAAGAGACGAAGACAGUCACAGGUAAAUCAAACAAACAAAGCUGCCCAAGGCCUCUUGUCCAGAAGAUUCAUAUCCUCAGUGGGAUAUAAUCUUGUCAAGGAAUUGGUGCGCUUUGAGCAACAGGGCAGAGACACUGGAGCUGUUGCAUGAGCAGUGGGCUUUCAAUCAGUACAUGUAUAUAAACCAUGCAGGGAGGUAAUAUUGAGCUGUGUCCAAAAGGCAACUGUUAUCAG